UGGAAAUAGAGAGGAGGAGGAUCCCAACCCCGGAAGGGCUCGGGGAAGGGCCGUGGCAGUACGACGGCCUGGUGGCGCCCCCGGAGGAGGUUGCUCCAGGAAGUACAAUUGGUUGGUGAAGGCUGAGGUUUCAGGGAGCUGAUUUUUCAUCCUGAAAAGGGGACUUACCAUGUCCGUGGUACAUCGUCUGACAGCGGGAUGGCUUGUGGAUCAUCUCUCUUUCAUCAAUCAGUGUGGCUAUGAGAUCUGUGACUCCUUUACACACCCUGCUAGUGUCACUCACAAUACUUCUGUCACAUCUACUGAAGACUGUCACAGUAUUUCUACUUUUGCUGCCACCCCCUCAUCACACCAUGGCCCUUCUUACGGUCCUGGAGGUGCCGUAGAAACAGAAGGUAAAAGAGCAAAAAUGAGAUACGUGUUUCGGGAGGAGUUCUUUGAUAUUUCUAAGCCCCAUAUAGCUGCAGCUCCUGAGGAGCAGCUGUGUCAGGGAUGUCCUGAGGUGAGUCUGACAGAAAUAAAGGCCAACAGCAACAGAGAGGAAUACCAAGAAGGAGCAAAGGGUGACACUGGAGAUUCUCUUGCCACUGCUAGGAAGAAACGUAAAAGGAAAUGUUUAUUCAACCAAGGUGAACUAGAUGCUUUGGAAUACCAUUCAAAGGUCAGGAAGCUCAUUUGGGAAGGGACUUUGCAUUUAGUCCAAGAGGGACUCAAAAGCGGUUUUCUUCACUGUACUACUGCAAAACUCAGUUGCAGGAAGAAUAAUGUUCCUCAACGCAUUGUCUGUGGCUUGGCUGAAUUAUGUGAAAUGGCAAAGCAGUUUCCAGCUGUUGAUGAAAGUGACCAUCAAGCUGUACGUGUGCUAGAGGAGGAAACCUCCAGUGCAGAGCAGGACCUGCUUUCGUGUGUUACGGAAAACAGCUCAAACUGUGCAAAGAUAAUUGUGUUAAUGGGGCAGAAAUACUUAGUACCACCAAAAAGCAGUUUCCUCUUAUCUGAUAUUUCAUGUUUACAGCCCCUGCUGAACUACAAGAAAAAAUACGAUGUAAUUGUGAUUGAUCCACCAUGGGAGAACAAGUCUGUUAAGAGGAGUAACAGGUACAGCUACUUGUCUUCAUGGCAAAUCAAGCAGAUUCCUGUACCAGCAUUAGCUGCUCCAAAUUGUCUUGUAGUCACAUGGGUGACUAAUAGACAGAAGCACUUACGUUUUGUUAAGGAUGAACUUUAUCCUCAUUGGUCGGUGAAAACACUUGCUGAGUGGCACUGGGUAAAAAUUACUACAACUGGAGAAUUUGUGUUGCCUUUGGAUUCUUUGCACAAAAAACCGUAUGAAGUUCUCAUACUGGGGAGAGUUCAGGGAGAUGUGAAGGAAGCCUUAAGGAAAUCUGAAGGCGUUAUUCCAAUUCCAGAGCAUCAGUUAAUUGUCAGCAUACCCUGCAGUCUGCAUUCACAUAAACCUCCUCUUGCUGCAGUUCUGGCAGAAUUCAUCAAGCCAGAUGUGGAAUGCUUGGAGUUGUUUGCUCGCAACCUACAGCCUGGCUGGACCAGCUGGGGAAAUGAGGUCUUGAAGUUUCAGCACAUUGAUUAUUUCACUCUUCUGCAGAAUGAAAACUGAGCUGGGUCUUAGACAUCUACACCUUCUGAAAUUCCACAUCUUCCCAAGGGGCUCUUGAACUAAGCUUUAUUACUGAUGGUGCACCUAAAGGUAACAGAAAUAAAACCAAUUGCAUUUUAGUUAGAAUUCUUUAAGUGACAGGAUAUCUGUUUAAUGCUAUCUCGCCUCUGUGCAAGGUGGUCCCUUAUUUUGAUAAUCUGAACAUAUUUAAGAUACUGAUGUUGUUACCAAAAAUCAGUGAAGAUAAAACUCCUUAACAGCAGGGUAGCAUUAAGAAGCAGGCAUUCUCUAUUUGGCCUGAUGCAUGAGGGAGUAUCUUCUCUGAAAUAUUGUGUAUGCUGAUUACAGAGAAAGCUCCUAUUUAAAUACUGUAUUUUACAUACAUAUUCAUUGACCUUUCUGAAUAAUGUACAGAUGAUGAUAAUUUGCCCAAAAGCAUUAACAUAUGUUCUCUCCCCUUUGCACACGUGUUCUUCUGUACCAGGGGUUUCUUUGGUGAUUCCUGGUGGUCAGCCACCCCAAAAUCAUAUUUGACCAUCCAAUGAACUGGUAAAAAGUUGGCAUAACUGGGCUGGUUACUCUGCAGUUUUCCUUCUUGGUCAAUGUUUAACAUGACCCUAGAGAAUAAGCAUUUUGUCAUUCUAUAGGCUUGUGGUUUUUGAAGAAUAAUCAUAUUAAUCCACCAGGUUGGUGGUGGGUUAAAACAAUUUUUCAUCUGCCAACAAUGUUAGAGUGUAAGUUCAUCCCUGUUCUUUUUAAACCUCAAGAAAAGAAAGACAUUUUAAAGUAUUCUCAUUGCAGCUAUCAAAUCUGAGCACAUUGCUACUGCUGUACUGUAGCUGUUGUGCUAUUUUUAAAGAAUUAUAAUAUAUUGUUUUUCAAGAGACAAUGGAAGUAAACAAUUCUGAAUGAUGCAUGUUUUCUUAAAGUUUUUUUUUUUGCAAAACAAUUGGUUUUGAACUAAAAUAGUUAUGAAGGCAGUGUAUUUUCCUACAUAUUUGUAUGUGUGUGUCUGCCUCAGGGAAAGUAAAAGGAGAAGUGCUUAUAUUUAUUGGCUCAUGAAUUCUUGACUGACCAUAUUCUAUGUAAAAUUAUACUUAUAAAACAAUUGGCAAUUCUGUCUUUGUGUAUAUGGUGUUAAUUUUUUGACUACAUUGUAAAUGAUCAGUCUCAACAUCUUAAAAAUUCUGAAAUUGUAACAGAUCAUAUGUAUUUUUUUAAAAAUUCUUUCCUAAUGUCCUGGAACAUUAUAAAGCCAUUCCAGUGAGCUGUAUUUUUCAGCUAACAAAAAAAUGAUCCCUUAAAAAAAAUAAAGAAUGGUACACUUUGUGUAUCCUUUGCUGUGCUUAAUUUUACUUUGAAAAAUACAAAGAAAAUGUAAUGAGGUCUCUGCCACUUACUCAUUUAUAGUACAGGCAGAGGUGCUGGACAAACUGAUUUUCCUGAUGGCAGGUUCCUGAAUUCUGACUGUUCGUAAUGGAGAUAAAAUACAUUGCCUAAUUUCUUUACCUUCAUUUCCAUUUUGGUAGCCUGGUGAGCUGUGAAGAUUUUUUCAAGUUAAACUUCAAAUGUUAGCAGAGUAUUUUUUUAUAAUUUUGUAAUAAAAAUGAAAAUAAAAGCUUGUGUCUUAUU